CGCAAGGCGCAUGCGCAGAUUUGUUGUCACGACCCGCUAGCCGUCUGUCAGCGCAGAGGCUAGGCUAAGCUAACACCGCUAAUCAUGAAGGCUCUUCGAGGAAUGGUGAGCGGAGCCGUGAAUGAGAUUACCUCGGCUGUCAGCGGACACAAACCUGCCGCCACACGCGAGCACGUCCUCGCCGUCAGCCGCGACUACAUCUCUCAACCGAGACUCACAUAUAAAACUGUAUCUGGUGUCAAUGGCCCCCUGGUGAUCUUGGACCAAGUGAAGUUUCCCAGGUACGCUGAGAUCGUCCACUUGACUCUCCCCGAUGGCACAAAGCGCAGUGGCCAGGUGCUGGAGGUCACCGGUUCCAAAGCCGUCGUCCAGGUGUUUGAAGGAACAUCAGGUAUCGAUGCCAAGAAGACAAGCUGCGAGUUUACAGGGGACAUUUUACGCACACCCGUAUCAGAGGACAUGCUGGGCCGUGUGUUUAACGGAUCGGGAAAGCCGAUCGACCGAGGUCCAGCUGUCCUGGCCGAGGACUACUUGGACAUCAUGGGCCAGCCCAUCAACCCACAGUGCCGUAUCUACCCCGAGGAGAUGAUCCAGACUGGUAUCUCUGCCAUCGACGGCAUGAACAGCAUCGCUAGGGGGCAGAAAAUCCCCAUUUUCUCAGCAGCUGGUCUCCCACAUAACGAGAUCGCAGCGCAGAUCUGUCGGCAGGCCGGCCUGGUCAAGAAAUCCAAAGACGUGAUGGACUACAGCGAGGAGAACUUUGCCAUUGUGUUUGCAGCCAUGGGGGUAAAUAUGGAGACGGCUCGAUUUUUCAAGUCUGACUUUGAGGAGAACGGCUCCAUGGAUAACGUGUGUCUGUUCCUGAAUCUGGCCAAUGACCCUACGAUCGAACGCAUCAUCACUCCUCGCCUGGCGCUGACCGCUGCUGAGUUCCUGGCCUAUCAGUGUGAGAAACACGUCCUGGUCAUCCUGACUGACAUGAGCUCCUACGCUGAAGCCCUGAGAGAGGUGUCUGCAGCGAGAGAGGAAGUGCCCGGACGCCGUGGUUUCCCUGGUUACAUGUACACUGAUCUGGCAACAAUCUACGAGCGGGCGGGGCGAGUGGAGGGACGUAACGGCUCUAUCACUCAGAUCCCCAUCCUCACCAUGCCUAAUGAUGACAUCACUCAUCCCAUCCCUGACUUGACCGGCUACAUCACGGAGGGUCAGAUCUACGUGGACCGCCAGCUUCACAACAGACAGAUCUAUCCUCCGAUCAACGUCCUGCCGUCUCUGUCUCGACUCAUGAAAUCGGCCAUCGGAGAGGGAAUGACGCGCAAGGACCACUCGGACGUCUCCAACCAGCUGUACGCGUGUUACGCCAUCGGGAAAGACGUCCAGGCCAUGAAGGCUGUAGUGGGAGAAGAAGCUCUGACGCCUGAUGAUCUGCUCUACCUGGAGUUCCUGCAGAAGUUUGAGAAGAAUUUCAUCGCUCAAGGUGCUUACGAAAACCGCACCGUGUACGAAACCCUGGACAUCGGCUGGCAGCUGAUGCGAAUCUUCCCCAAGGAGAUGCUGAAAAGGAUCCCUCAGAGCACGCUGGCCGAGUUUUACCCUCGAGAGUCCAAACACUGAGCCGCUGAUCCGUUCUGCCGUACGCUCUCUCUCUCUCUCUCUCUCUCUCUCUCUCUAUUUCUCUCCUCUCCUGUGUAUCUCUGCCCCUCAUUACAAAACAUCUCACCCUGGAUGUGAUCAGCCGCCGGCUGCGUGGUGAAACUCUCCUCUCGCUGUAGCCUCCUCACCGUAGUGCUCCGCUUCUGCUCUGUACAUGAUCCCAACGUGGCCCAAACCCGUGAUGUAUAUACAUUAUAUAUUAUAUAUGUUGUGAAUAUUGUCGAUGUAAAGCAAAUGUGUGUGUGUGUGUGUGUGUGUGUGUGUGUGUGUGUGUGUGUGUGUGUGUGGAAAAAAAAAACGUGAGCAUUUAAUUAGAUUUAUUAGCCAAACGUUUAGUCCUGGUGUCACCGCUGGAAUUAUUACAAACUAAAAUGAAGUCGUGUGUGUUUGAUGGAAAACGACUACAGGCCAAAUGAAAGGGAACAUUUAUUUCAAAUUUAUUUUUUGUUUGUUUUUACUAGAAAAUAGCCGACGAAAAAAACCACGCUCUGAUUGGUCGAUGCGACCCUGAUUUAUUCAUUAGCAGCUCUCCAUCUUUUCCAUGCGCCGUGUCGCCGUAGUAACAGCAACAUCAUUCGUAAAAUAAAAAACAAUAAUUUGAUUGGACGGCGUGCGCUCGGUCUGAUCUACUUUAGGAAGCUCUGGUGCAAAGAUUGAAGGAAUGAACGUGUCUCGGUCAGUCGAUAAUAUUUGGGAUUUUUCAUCGUGAACUUAUAUUUGUAGAAUUAAAUCUUAUAACUUCCAUUUGCUUUCCUAUGAAAAGUGUCUUUUAUGGGUUUUUCCAGAGACACAUUGAUGUUCCUUUCGUUUCCAUGCAACAAACUCGGUAUUUAAAUGAUUUGAAGUUUGAAUUUGACCAAACAAACCUAUAAAUGUCCAGAUGUUCCACUAUAUCUUCAUUGAAAAAUCCUCUCCUUAGCCUGAAGAACAGCUUUCCAGACACUUUGUUUCUCCAAAUAUGCUGAAAUUCUUUAGAUAAAACUCUCCAGAGAUGUUCUUCACUAAAUGGAGAUCAUGUGAUGCAGUUCAGUAGGAUUCAGGUGCGGUGACUGGGAAGGUCGUUCCAUGAUGGAUAUCAUUCCAGACGUCUGUUUUCUCUCUAAAUAACGGAAUGUAAUGAAACUGCAUGGUGUGAUAGUGAAGUGUGGAAUGGGAGCCGUGUCGCUUCAGGAUUCCUUUCACUUUUCCCGGAAUCUUCUCUGCUCCAAAACAAUUAAACUUCCACCUCCAGGUGUGAGGGAGUCUGAUCACAUCUUCUCUCCUGUUCUCCAGACGUUUCCACUCAUUCACUCUGCACUUAUUGUGUGUUUCUACCUUUUUGUUUUGUUGCACAGAAAAAAGGAACAUACACGUGUCAAAAAAAAACAGAAAAGACUCAACACUAUAAAAGCCACGUGUUUAGUAAUAGUGCAAAUCGUUUUUAUUUAUUUCGUCAAUUUUUAUUAUUGUUAUCAGGAUUAUUUAUUGGAGCCACGGAGGCUGCGUGUGUGUAGUGUUUCGUUCCUUGUCAGAUCGAUGUGCGGCAGUAAAGUGUGUAUCAGUCUGAACGCAUGGAAAUCGAAACGAUGUGACGUGUGAUUGUGAAAAGUCUGUGUAUCAUUGUUCUGUGGAAUAAAACCUGAUCAUGUGUCA